CAAUAAUAUCAGUGACUUGUCCUCCCGCCCCAUCAUGCCCGACGACGAAUAUACGGACGAUCCCUCGGUCCUAGCUGCAAAGAAACGUCGCCUCCCCGGCGCAUGUGAUAUAUGUCGCAAGAAGAAAAUCAAGUGUGAUAGUGCGACCAUGCCAAGCGGUCGCUGUUCAAAUUGCAUCGCAUUCGACUCAAAGUGCAUGCAUACCGAUCCUAUCAAGAAGCGUGGUCCCAAAACAAACAGCUAUGUAGAGGAACUUGAACAACGCGUCAACAAGCUCGAGGAUAUGUUGAGGGAGCUCAAGCCGGAAGUUGUGAUACAAGAGGAUGAUGCUUAUUCUCCGGUUCAACUGCAUAACAGUCCCUCAUCACUGCAAGACAGCACGGGCGAGUCGUCAAGUCCUCGUCAACCAUCUGAGCCCUCAGAUAGCGCAGAAAGUGAUCUUCCGCAUAUUGAGCUGCUGGAGCACUUGAAAAGGAUGUCCCUGCACACCUUUGGCAACAGGUAUUUUGGUCCUUCUAGCAGCUUUUCACUCGUCAAAAGCGCCAUGUCCAUAAAAUCCGAGUUUAUGGGUAAAGAAGCUUCUCUGUGUGUGUCAGACUAUCGUCAGUAUUUUGACCUCCAACCAUGGGAGCGAGAAAGUGCAGAACGAGAAACACCUCAUUAUGUGUUCCCAGACGAUGAUCUAAUAAUUUUACUCGUUGAUAUAUACUUCAAAACGAUUAACCCUGUCCUUCCCAUUCUGCACCGGCCUACGUUUGACAAGAAUCUUGUCGAAGGUCUUCAUCUGCGGGAUCACAACUUUGGCGCUGCAUUGCUACUCGUUCUUGCCAUUGCUUCCAGAUAUUCCAACGAUCCAAGAGUCUACUCGGAUCCGAAUGCAAAACUUUCAUCCGGUUGGAAGUUCUUUGAACAGGUACGUAUUGUGAAAAACGCCAUAUACGAGUCGCCGUCGUUGUACGAAUUGCAAUAUUACGCUCUAGGGGUGAUAUAUUCUCUUGGUACUUCGGUCCCUCAGUUCGGCUGGACUAUGGUUGGAAUAGGAAUGCGUUUCGCAGUCGAGAUAGGAUUGCAUAGACGUAAGCCGGAAGGGUACCAGCCGACCGUGGAGGAUGAGCUGAAGAAAAGGGCAUUUUGGGCUCUGAUUACGCUUGAUAGGCUCAUCAGUCUAUUUCUCGGACGACCUUCCAUAAUACGAGAUGAAGAUUUUGACCUGGAAACCCCAGUCGAAUGUGACGACGAAUACUGGGAGAUCGAACCCAAUGGAAGAGUUCAUUUUCACCAGCCCCCAAACACGCCCUCGAAAAUAACAUAUUUUUGUUUGCACCUCAAGUUGUGCGAGAUUUUAGCGUUUGUGCUUAGGACGCUAUAUUCCAUCAAAAAGUCUCGUGCAAUGCUAGGGCUUACUGGCAAGGAUUGGGAGCAACGCCUUGUCGCAGACUUGGAUUCGUCCUUGAACGCAUGGGUUGACUCGAUCCCUGAUCAUCUCCGAUGGGAUCCGCACCGUAAAGAUUCCACCUUCUUGUUCCAAUCUGUGGCUUUGUACAGCAUGUACUACAUGCUGCAAAUACAAAUUCAUCGACCCUUUCUGCAUACAGACUCACCUCUGUCUUUCCCAUCUCUCGCCAUCUGCACGAAUGCCGCUAGAUCAUGCAGCCACGUGGUCGAGGUCCACCGCGCUAAAACUGGUGCAGUUAUACCGCAUAUUAUAAUGGGAGCUUUCAUUUCGGGAGUUGUUCUGUCUAUGAACAUCUGGAGUGGUAAACGCGCAGGGCUUUCCUUGAAUCUACAAAAAGAGCUAGCUGAUGUAGAGAACUGCAAGGCAACCUUGAAAUACGCUUCUGAAAGGUGGAAUAUUGCUGGUCGUCUAUGGGAUAUGCUCAAUGGAAUCUCAACGAAUGCGUCAUUUACGGAGGAAAGUGUCACGUCUAAGAAACGCGCGCGGGAGAAUGAUAUUUCUGACUAUUUAACCGGGCCUGCUCUCGCUGUUCGAGCGUGGGACUCGUACGAAUCAAUGCCAACGAGCUCGCGAGAUGCACAAACGUCUGUUGAUCAACACUACUUUGACGAAGAUCUGACACAGUCUGCCAACCAAGUUGGAGCCAUUGACGAUCUAUUAAAUUUCCAGGCCUCCAGUCAUCCGCAGACAUCGUUUUCAGGGCCCUCUAUGUACACAGACUUCGGGUUGUUAGAGGAGGUAGGAAACAAUACCAUCAACAUGUGGACUGGCGCUCCGUCAGGAUUCGACUGGGCAGAAUGGAAUACAUACAUCACAAAUUUGGAGCCUAAUUACAUGUAAAUUAUGACGCUGUACCGGUAAAAAUUCAUCUUCAUAAUAUAUACGAAUCACCUUUGCC